AUUCCUAACAACUCAUCGAAGGAACAAUCUAGAAUUGGAUCUCUUCUCUUUAUAUACUCUUCUGGUCCUUUCGUGGGUACAAGGCAAAACCUUUGCCUCUCUACUUCAUUCGAAUCUUCUUCUUCUUCUUAUCUCCCAAUCGAUAUGGCUAAAGAACUUGCAGCUCAGGCCAAAGAGGCUUUCGUAGACGACGACUUCGAUGUCGCUGUUGACUUAUACUCUAAAGCCAUUGACUUGGAUCCCAGUUGCGCUGACUUCUUCGCUGAUCGUGCUCAGGCUUACAUCAAACUCCAAAACUUCACCGAAGCUGUGGCAGAUGCGAAGAAAGCUAUUGAGUUGGAUCCAUCAUUGACCAAAGCUUACUUGAGAAAAGGAACUGCCUGUAUGAAGCUUGAAGAGUAUCGAACUGCCAAAACAGCUCUUGAAAAAGGUGCCUCCAUUGCACCAAGCGAAUCCAAAUUCAAGAAGUUGAUAGAUGAAUGCAAUCUUCGAAUUGCAGAAGAAGAGAAAGAUUUGGUUCAACCGCCGGUAAAAGUUGAUCAGACCCCUGUGCCUGCAGAACCAGCCAAACCAAAGUUCAGACAUGAGUACUACCAAAAGCCAGAAGAAGUUGUGGUGACCGUUUUUGCAAAAGGGAUACCGAAGCAGAAUGUUAAUAUAGACUUUGGUGAACAGAUUCUGAGUGUUGUGAUUGAUGUUCCUGGAGAGGAAGCGUAUCAUCUCCAACCGAGACUGUUCGGAAAGAUAGUACCAAAGAAGUGCAUAUAUCAAGUAAUGUCAACCAAGAUUGAGAUCCGUCUUGCAAAAGCAGAGAUCAUCACAUGGACCUCUCUUGAACACGGCAAAGGGCCAGCGGUUUUGCCAAAGCCAGAUGUCUCAACAGAGGUUUCAGUGAGACCGGCUUAUCCUUCUUCCAAGAAAGUGAAGGACUGGGACAAGAUUGAAGCUGAAGUGAAGAAACAGGAGAAGGAUGAGAAGCUGGAAGGAGACGCGGCUUUGAACAAGUUCUUCCGUGAGAUAUAUUCGAAUGCUGAUGAGGAUAUGAGGCGUGCCAUGAGCAAAUCAUUUGUGGAAUCUAAUGGGACAGUGCUCUCAACAGACUGGAAAGAGGUUGGAGCUAAGAAGAUCGAGAGCACUCCUCCUGAUGGUAUGGAGCUCAAGAAAUGGGAGAUCUGAUGUGAAUAUGAUUUGUGUGGGUUUUGCCUUGGUCUUAAGGGUUUUGCUUACUCUGCUUUGUGGACUUAGGUUCUUUGUAUUUGCCUUAAAACUCAUUUUGUUUAUACACAAGCAACUGAAAGUUUUAAAUCUAAACGUUCUAUUCUUUAUUCA